ACUUUGUUCUGGGGACGAGCGUACAGAGGACUCGGGCGCCGUAAUUCAGAGCAGCGUCAUUGGCCAGGUCUGCGUCACGUGAAAUUUGUCAUGCUGUUACGGUAGAUUAGUCAUUGUAUUGAAAUAUUUCGAUAUCUGUAGGUUUUAAUCGAAACAAUCAACAAUCAACUGAUUUGAACUCGCUCAGCAACAAACCGACUCUUAUAACAGCGACGAUAACGAUACGGAAUAAUGCAGCAGUGCUUUGCGUGUGCUAUUGCGCCGGUUCUGUAGGCGGCUUUGUCUGUACGAUACGCAAGGACUGAUAUGGCGCUUUCUUGAUACUCGGUCGUUGUCUACAGCAGUUGUGAAUUAGUAUAUAUAUCUGCGGUGCUUGUCCUUCCUCCAACUCUUUUGUCGGUGGAUUACAUUUUUACAGCAAUGCCGAAAAAGAAAAAGGCACAGAAGGCGCGACCGGCAGACUCUGAAGAUAUAGCACAAGUCCUACAAGCAGAGUUCCCAGACCUCGACAGUUCUCUUAUCGCAGCUCUUGCCCUAGAUUUCUCAGAUAUCGACAAAGCCCGUGAACUAUGUGCAUCUAUAGCUUACGAAGCGCUGAUUGAUAAGGCAGACGUGGAAGGAGCUGCCGACGUUGCUGGCAAUGCGAGCAGCGAAGGAUCAUCCGCGAGCUGUAGUGAUUAUUGUGAGGGCACAAUGUCUUGGGAUCUGGAGUCUUCGACAACAGACGACUCGCCGGUGAACGAAAUGGCGCGCAAACCGCGGAAUGAGAAGCUUCAGUUUCUCAAAAACAGUUUUCCUUCUUUUGAUUGCAAGAAACUCGAACGAGUCUUGACUGAUUGCAACAACGACGUGUCAAAAGCUAUCGACGAAGUUCUCUCGCUCUCGUUCCUGAGCGACACCGAUAAAGACUCGUCAUCUAGUACAUCGGCAUCAGCAGCCAAACCGCAUGACUGGGCCUCUGUCGCGCAAGCUAAGAAGAGCCGCGGCAAAUUGAGUAUCAAAGCUAUUGCCGAAGCCUACGAUCGUCAAGAAGACGUCGAGACAGUAACAUCCCUGCUCGAUCUCCCGGCUGAUACGGUUUCCAAAACGCUGGAUCUGUAUCCCAAAAAACCUGCCUCGGCUCUCGUGCAUUUGAUCACCUAUUCCCGUCGAUCGCUGAUGACUGACUGGUGCACGCCCCCAGCUGAAGAAAGUAGGAAGGCAAAAGAGCAACUCCAGAAUCUCAUUCCUAAUCUUCCAGACUCUCUAUACUCUGAGAUCCUUUUAUUCACCAACAACAAUCUCGACAAAGCGGUCGCCUUUUCUGUCUUUUUGAUCGAAAAGGCUCAGGAGGCUAAAGAGGAUCUACAGCUCAUCGCGACCUUGAUCGAGGCAAAUUCGAAAGGCGCAGCAGCUGGCGACUUUAAAGAAGUCACCAAUAAAUGGGCCAAUCACACAAUCGUGCAGACCUCCUCAGCUGCUCCAGCCUGGACCUCGUCCGAACACACCACAUCCAGCACCGUCACAGUCCCUCGCAGGUCGAAGGCUGAGCUCGAGCAGCUGAUCAGGAACAAAGUCAUUGCGCGCGAUGAAGCAAGAGCAAAAGCGGGCGACUUGUACAAGAGACGGAAUACAAAAGAUCUGCACACCGCAGCGCCAUUGCACUACGCGAACGUGUCGCGCGAGAUUACCAGUGAACUUGAUAAGCUGCGACUAGACCUUGGCCGACUCAAGGUUGCAGAAACUGCGACGCAAUAUUCAAUCGAUCUCCACGGAGUGGAAGUCAAAGAAGCAAACAAAAUAGCCCACGAAUACGUCGAUAGCUGGUGGCACGAGUCCCAGCGACAGCGCUUGCGUGCGCCGUUCUCAAUCAUCACUGGCCGUGGAGCACAUAGCGCGCAGGGAACAGCUAGGCUUUUGCCUUUUAUCUCGCAGUCUUUGGCGGCGGAAGGAUGGAGGAUUCAGGUUAAAACUGGGAGUAUUGAUGUUUUGGGAGUCGAGAAUGAGUAAUGGGUCUCUUUUGGAGUCUUGUAGUCGGUUGGUUGGCUUUGGAAUAUAGAAUCAUAUGCUAGAUCGGAU